AUGAGCCAUGGAUGGGAGACCUCAUCAUUACCUGAGAAUGGAGCGCCGUUUGUGUUCAUACUAUAUGCCGACAAAACUCAUCUCUCAUCGGCUGGUACUGUCAAAGUGUACCCGGUAAUCGCCCGCUGCGGGAAUCUACCAGUCGACAUCAGAAAUGUUGAUGGUACCGGAGGAGGGCGCAUGGUAGGAUGGUUACCGAUUGUUCCCGAGGACUCAGAUGAAGAUGGCAAACUUUCCUAUACGAAUCUGAAGCGUGUCGUAUGGCACGAAUCCUUUUCAAUUUUAUUUAUAACUAUCAUACUCUUAUCUGCAACUGGCUUCGCACACGAGUGCUACGACGGAAUCCAACGCUGGCUAUUUCCCUUAAUUCUGAUCCUAUCAGCCGAUUACGAGGAGCAGUGCGUGAUGGCGCUGAUACGGGGCCUCAAAUCUGGCUGUCCUUGCCCCGUUUGCCUCGUCCCAAGAGAAGCGCUCACCGAUCAUUCAACGACUUACCCUAAGUGCACCGUUGAAGAUGCACAAAAUCGGGUUGCGUUAUGGUCCAGAGACCAUGUUGAGGGCGAGGCAGAACUGAAAAAACAGAGCUUAAGGCCUAUCAAGAAUGCAUUUUGGAAGGUCAAGCUGUUGAACCCGCACGAUGCGCUCUCACAAGAUCCGCUACAUGUUUACCAUAAGGGAAAGUUCGGUGAUCACUUAUUCAAUGAGUGCAAGAAACACCUCAAGGCCUUGGGACGUGUUGCCGAGAAGACGUUCCAGGAUAUUUCUAAGCAAAUCAUAUACGCGGCACAGAACGUGCUCACACGGGCGGAAGAUGAAGCUGGCUAUGCACUUUUAAAGUGCAUAGUGAGCUAUCUUCACAUUGACAUCUGGAGAGGCGGAGAUACUCCUGUUUCAGGAACUGUAGAUGAAUAUAUCGAGGCCCUUGGCGACGAUGCAACCAAGAAUUGGAAUUUUCCCAAGGCUCACGCCUCAAAGCAUGUAUUUACUGACAUAAGGGAGAAAGGAGCAGCUCGGAACUUCAGCACCAGACUGAAUGAGAAGCAACAUGGACCGAUUAAAUGUGCAUACAAAUUGCAAACAAACGGGAAGGAUAUCGCGAAUCAGAUACUUCGAUUAGAUCAUAUGACAUUUGUCUCCGGGCUCAUCCGGAGUCGCAUCGACUACCUUGAUGAAGAGCAACGUAAGCUCGAUGAAGAAAACACCUCCAACCCUGCCUUUGUGCAAUUCCGCAAGAAACUUUCAUUGUUCCUCAACAACUUUCUACCUGCGCACAAUAUAUCACUUCCUGACGGAAAAACAUGGCUAAGACUUACAGCGCAAGAUACAGUCCAGGAGCAUCGGUUCCUCAAGGUCAACUAUGAGUCUGUCGUGGAUUGGAAGCUCGCCACAGACUAUUUGCGGUGUAACCCGAGCUUUCAUGGCCAUGAGCGACACGACUGCGCCCUGAUUUGCACCAACGACAAGGACGGCAAUGACAAGAAUAUUUUCGUUCGCAUUUUGUUUAUGUUUAAGCACACAGUUGGCAGCAAGGUUUUAGACCUUGCUUGA